ACCGCAAAUGUUAUACUCAUUUACUCCCCGCCACAUGUCUGCCUCCCAUAAUACGUGUCUAUUUUCCCUCAUAUAUAUACGCACGCACGCCUCUCUCCUGCGCGAUCCAUUAACAAUUUGUUCUUUACACAGAUUACAAUACAAUACAAUGGCAUUCAGAGCAACUAAUUUGGUGAAAUCAAUGGUGAUUCGGUCACAAGGAAGCCAGACAUUUGCCACAUCAACCUCUUCCAAUACGAAGUCGUUAAAAGGUGCGUACGCACCCGUGUACAUCUCCCUCGGGUUGAUCUUACUGUCGGUUAGCAUUGGAGCGUUCACGGCCACACAUCAGCUGAAGCGAUCGCCGAAUGUUUCCGUAAAGAAAUCGAAGAGGGAGACUUUACCCGAGCUCGUAGAGCCGGAGAAGGUGGCGGAGGAGUCGGACAACUUCAUUAAGAAGUCGUUUUUCAGGAAGAUUGCAAAUGUGCAAGAGGCGGACCGCCAGGAAGUCAUGCCCGAUCCCAUCCGUGGGGAUUCCUACGCAAAGCACCCGAAGCCUUACAUCGAGCCGCUGAAGUCGGUCGGAGUGGAGGUGGAGAAGAAGCCAUUUGUUCAGCCACCGCCACCGAAGCAGUGAAGCUGCAUGUUAUAAUUUACUUAAUUUAGUAAUCAUAUAUCUUUUCAGUUUUUGUUAGACUGUGUUUAAGAUCACAAGCCUGUAGAUACGAAAAAUAUGCUUUGCUUCUAGAUUGUAGUUUUUAGUUGUGACAGAAAUGAGGAUAAGGUUAGGCGUCUUUCGAGUCCGUGGCAUUCCAUUAACUGGCGAGCCAGUGGCGGACCCAAGAAAUAUUUUCUAGGGGUGCGGAUUAGGGGUUACCAUAUUUUAAGGGGUGAGAUCAUAGGAUGCUUACCUACGAAAAUAUGUGUUUUCAAGGGGUGCGCCCACCCAUCCACUGUAUGUCGAGCGAACAUGAAUCCCGUGAACUCACUCUAGCACAAGGCGAUACUAAAUGAGAUUGUGUUUCUUGUUUGGUUCACAUAGCAUACGGAACUGUAAGCUGAAUUUCAUUUUGUGUAUUUGUUUCGACAGAUAAAAUGAAUUUGAAAUUAAUUUAUUCAAAAUUUUCUUGAAUUCUUGAUUUCAUUAUUGGUUAUUGAGUUGGACAAAUAUAUUUGGUAUUGAAUCAGGUGUUUCAAAUUUUUUUCAAAAGGUAUUCUACCUUUCUUUUUUCAAAUCAGUGUACAAAACCAGGUAGGUUGGGCUGGGUACCUUGCAUGGAACUAGAACCAACGAACCGGAUCGGGUGUGUGGUCGAACUGAUUUUCAAUUUUUAGCUUUUGUUUCUAUUUUUUCUUGGCAGGAUUUUUAAUUUUUAGUUUCUGUGUAAAACUUCAUAAAAAAAUUGUACCUUCUUAUUCGUUUAGUAUUCGUUAUUCCAUAUUUUAUUUCUUUAAAUUAGACUCGAAGGUAUGGAGAAGGCAAUCCCUCCAAGGAUGGGCCGCAACGUCAUCGUCACGUAGGAGUGACUUGGAGGGGAUGGACCUAGGGGGUGGAGGAUGAACCCCUUUGUGUAUAUGUAUGUAUGUAUAGGUAGGUAUAUGUGAGAGAAGAAAGGAGAAGGAGGCCCGGCAACUUCGGCUGUGGGCUGCUGGUGAGGCCGGGACGGAAGGGAGGGGGCGGUGUGGGGGACCGGCGCCGGGGCUCGCCGGGCCUAAGCCGGCCCCCAUACCGUCCAGUCUUAUUAUCUAAUCUAAUCUGACUUAGGGGAGUGGGGGUGGUAACUAGUGAUAGAAUUUCAUCACUCAUAAGCACCCAAUCAAGUUCUGUCAUGUCAUCAACCAUUUUUCCAUCACUCACAACCUUUUUUGGUGGCAAUGGUCAUCACUAACAA